AUGUCUCAAGACGAGAGACAGUCCGAGCAAGCUCGCAUUGGCGAAGUGUCUGGUGUUUCACAAGACGAGAGGCCUCUCAAGAGGGCUUGCAUUGACGAGGGGCCUGGUGCUUCACAAGACGAAAGACCUUCUAAGAGGGCUCACACUGACGAUGUGCCUCAUGCUUCACAAGAAGCUCACCUACCCAUUCCAGCAACUGCGGGACCAUCCACUCUCAUCUCUCCCACGACCUCAGGAGAGGGCUCCGGCCGCCUCCUGCUCUCUUCCGCGCCCUGGGAUGACACGAAACCAGCGGACGAUCCCAAACACGGAGCAAGCGAAUUUGCCAGUAAAAAACCCCUGAAGGGUCUCAGUGACAUCGAAGAGACCGUCCAAUUCCUCAGCCAGUCAGUCCACAGUCUCACCACAGAUUGCCACGAUCUCAAAAGACGGAUGGACGACGCCGGGAGGGUGCACCGCGCACUCUAUGACAGGGACGACAGCUUCGAAGAGACCCUGCAACCACUCAUCGCCUCCUACGAAGCCCACCGUAGGGACGUUCUUACCGCCUGGGGCGACUGCCACAAUCCUUCCAUGGUCGCCCCGACCCCCAUCCCUCACCAGCACUCCAACCGCCACCCUGUAUCCGGUGGCGACAUCCUGCGCGACGUGAAUGUCAUCACGUCCGCGGAGAGAGAGCACCCUGCGCAGGUGGCGAAGUGGAAGCGCUCCUUCUCGACGCAGUACGGGGUGUCUUUUGAGCUGUGCGCAGAGCGUGGGAAACUGAAGCUUGUCGACACACGCAUAAUCGAGGUGCUGAAUAUUCUGGCCAGCGGGUGGGUGGAUGAGGGGGAUGAGAUCUUUGUCCCGGGGAGUCUUUCUUACUAA